AUGCUCUACAUGUCCCGCAUGAAGCGGAGCUUCCAGGCCAUGGCCUCCAGCGGCGGCAAGAAGCUCGACUUCAGCUUCUCCGGUGAAGUCGCGCGGACCGAGGGGCGCAACGUACUGAAAGACGGCGUGUCCGAUGCCUUCGCUGUAGCGGGGGGAAGUGGCAAGCAAGGUGGACCGCGUCGUAGCGCCUCCACGGUAAUACUUGCCAGUCCGAGCGAAGAAGAGGGCGAGCCUGGAUCCACCCUCACUAGUGUGCAGCGCAGGCAGCAGCAACGCUGUUCGCUAACGCUCAGCAACUGGAGCUUUAACCCGGAGAAUGCUCGGCUCAUGGUAGAGGAGAACGUCGUGGAGGCUCUCAUUCGACUCUGCAAAGACGGAGACAAGACGACGCGACUCAACUGCGUCACGACGUUCAUGAACCUAUCGCAUCUCUGCGAGCUGCGCCGAGUGAUCGUGCAGCAAGGCGCAGUCAAGACGGUAGCGGAGAUUGUGAACGACACGGAAGACAAGACCAUUCGAACGGCGUGUGCCAUCACACUGUGCAACUUGUGCUCGUUGCAAGGCGAGGAGGGGCUCUUGGUGGAGGACGGGGCUGUGAGUGCGCUCUCGACGCUCAUCAACGAACACGAGAAGGUCUCUCACAUCUGCCGCUGUGCACUCUUCAACCUCACGUGCGUCUCGCAGUCGUACCACAAGAUCGAGAGCGUGCUCAAAGCCUUCAUCGCACUCACGUCGACACGAAAUGGGGGUAUUAACAUGAGCGGCUUUGCUGGUAAAACGGAGGAGGAAUACGACGACAUCACUGCGAAGGCGUUGUGCAAUCUGUCCAAUCUCAAGCGCAUUCGACUGCGUCUCAUGGAAGAGGGCAUCGUCAGCGCCAUCACGUCACUGCUCCACCCGAAUAUCCCGUUGAUUCAAGAGCUUUUAGCGCACAUUUUGCUCAACCUAUCGAGACUCCCAGCCUGCCGGAACGAGAUGGUCGCCAAAGGCUGCAUGGGCACCUUAGUGGCGUUAUCAGGUGCGUCCAGCGCCAUCAUUACCAAGUGUUUGAUCGGAAUUACUAUCUGGAAUCUCAGUAAAGACCCCGGCAACGCGAUUCGGAUGGUAUCGGAAGGUCUGCUGCCGCUUGAUCUGCUCCAGGUUUGUGCUCGGACACUCUUCAACGUGUCGUGCUGUGAAGACUCCCGUGUCAAACUGGUCGAGCGCGAUGCAGUGAAUACUCUGUCGUCUUUAUCCCGACGCGCUACUGGAGACGACGCCAAGCAAAUGUGCACGCUGGCGCUCUGCAAUCUUCUCAGUGUGCAGAAGGCUGCGGCGGACAUUGUCACUGCCGGGGCGAUCACCUCUCUGAUCCAACUCAGCAUGGCACCGGCGCAGUCCUUCGAGAGAAGAAACCUGUUCUCGAAGGCCCUUCAUGGACUCUGCGAGAAAGCGGCUACUCGAGCUGCAGUGACGGAGGCGGGGGUGGUCCCUGCGCUCCUCUUUCUCUCCAGUAUUGAUGAGCUAGAUGCUGAGUCGCCCUCCAUUUGCUCGGAAUCUGCUGGUCUGUUGAGCGAGAUCCGCGCGCGAUGCACUGCAGCGUUUGCCAGCCUUGCGGCGGAUUCUCAUACAGCAGCUCAUGUCUGUAAUGCGGCGGUGGUGCAAUGCGUGACGCGGAUUUUGACCCUGGAGCACUCCAAUGUUGCAAUCGAGCGCUUCUGUUGCUCGUGCUUGAGUCUGCUGUGCCGGGACGAGCAGUGUUCGCUCAUUAUGGUCGAAGUGGGCGCGAUCGAGAUGGUGCUAGCGACUUGUGUGGAGUCGCACGACCAGGUGAGCAAAGCUUCCUGUUGCCACGUGCUCGCCAGCGUAUCCUGUCAUCCGAGCUGUUGCAUUGCCCUCGUACGCAUGGGCGUCAUCUCCGUGCUGGCGACACUAGCCAAGAUCAAAGAGGACGCCACCAUCCAACGCUGCUGUGCUAUCACACUCGCAAAUUUAUCCGUAGAACCCGAAAUUCGGGGAACUUUGGCGUCCGCAGGUAUUGUGGCGAUUGUAGCGGUGCUCAGCAACUCGUACAGCGAAGACAGCCAACGCGACUGUGCCAAGGUGCUCUGCAACUUAUCGUGCAUUCGCGGCAAUGAAGCCGUGCUCGUUGGCGAAGGUGCAGUGGGGGUGUUGAUGAUGAUCAGUAUGGUUCGAGCUGUCAGCGUCUCGACGAAAGAGACGUGUAUCCGGGCCUUGUUGAACCUGUUGAAUGCGGAGACGAUGAAGAACAUGGUCAAGGAGGGGCUGGUCAAGAUCUUGUCCGUUUACGCUGGCUUGGCCUCGAAGCAAGUCGCAACUCUCGUCACCAUUAUCUUUGGGAAGUUGCUGGCUCACCCGGUGGGAAGGAAUGCGCUUUGCACUGAGCGUUCAUCUCUCCAUGCGCUCUUCCAGUUAAUGGCGUACGAUCCAGCGCUGCCCCGUUCGGAUGCCGACGAGAGGCGGCUGGCAUCGCUACACGAGACGUUGCUGAGUGAACUCGUGUAUUACGAAAAUUCACGAGUGCUAAGUGUCCAAACAGGAAUUUUGGACGCGCUUCACCGGAUUUCAAUGUACGAAGACCAUUACGCGGAAGUCCACGAGCACAGUCACGCCCACAACCACUGCAGUAGCCACUGCGCGGAGAAGACACUCGCACUGGUGUUCUUCACGCUCGCAAAAAAUGAGGAUAGCCGCAUGGCGGUGGCGUCGUCGGCGAAUUUGGCAACUUUAUUGAAAUUCCUGGAUCUGCACACUGCUAAAGACGACUGUGAUGCAUCCGAGUGCGCUGUGUACGCUGCUGCGGCGUUGUGUUGGCUCGGGUGGCACGAAGAUACGCGGCGGUUCUUGCAGAGCGCAGAGAUCCCGUGUGCAUUAACGCAAAUGCUGCAAAUUCAUGUCAGCAGAAGUGGUGGGAAUGCGAGUGAGGACAAGGACGAUCUGUUAACGUAUUCCUCUCAAGCCAUCAAGACCUGCGUCCUAACGCUCUGCUGCUUGACGCACAACGCAGAGCUGCUGGAAGUCAUGCUGAGGGAGAACGUUUUUGUCGCGCUGGUGUGCAUCCUGUUCCGACAGCUCAGUCACAUUCCCGGGUUCGCUUCAGCGAUGAGUGAACAACCUGGUCCAAUUCUCGAGCUGUUCUGCAACCUCGUCCGUCACGUUGCAGCCAAGCAAGACGUUAACUCAAGUCUAGACUGCGCAGACGCGCUGUGCACCAUAGUGCCCUCUCCCUUCCUCGUGGACAGCAGCGUUCUCAGAGCCAUCGAGUCACUUAUGAGUGACGAACAGCUACCGGAGACACGUUGGCGUUGUGCUUCCAGCUUGUGGGCGCUGUCGUCGGUGCCCGAGUAUCGACUGCAGUUAGUCGAGUUGGGCGUCACCCCUAUGUUGGUCAACGAAUCGUAUCGUGCGGCCAGACUCUCUUCGUUGAACACGCUCCAAUGCUGCGCUGGAGCUCUGUGCAACCUCACCAUCGUCCCGGAGGAGAAAAACUCGGCCAAAAUGGUGGACGAAGGGGCCAUGCCGGCGCUCAUCCAGCUCGCCAAACUGGAGAACGAAGCAAUCCGCGAGCACUGCACUCUGGCACUGUCGAAUCUCUCAGGUCCUUCUCCUAAGGUCGAAUCGGGUGCGGUCUCUGCGUUUAUACAGCUACCGACGGGGCUCAUCCGCCCACCGCUCGUGUCCGGGGAAAGGCACAAACAGUUCGCUGUUCUACCGAAUUACACCAUCGAGAUCUCGCAGGAUUCGUCCCUGAAUGAACAAAAGUUCGAGGCUGAACUUGCAGCGAGCACGCCACCGCCUCCUCACUUACCCACCAUCGCGGCUGACCUGCUUGGCACUUCGACGAGG